AUGAGAGGGCGGAAGACUUCAGACGGAAACAUAUCUGAUAUUCCAGAUUAUCAGCAGGAAGAGGUAAGCACUGUGGAAGAUACAAGCGACGUUGACGAGCAAACCACAAUACGCGAGAUAAGAGUAAGGGGUGCAGAAUACCAAUGGGGAGAGGCGUAUAAUAUUUCAAAACCAGCAAACGAACUGAACGAAAAUGCCGCGAAGGCCAGGAGGAGCAGCAUCGAUAAAACGAAAGAAAACAUCAGAAAUGAAAGUAGUGGGGAGAACGGGGAGAAAGAGGAAACAUCAAUAGAAAUAAGCGAUUAUGAUUUUGGAGACGAAUAUGAGGAAAGCGAGUACGAGUACGAUAUAUCCAUAUCGACAGAUAACGAGGAAGAAUGCGAAAGAAGUCAAAAGGAAGAAGGAAGACAACUAGGAACAACAAAUCAAGCGAGAACAGAGAAUGAAAACGAAUCACACAAAAAGAACACAAGACAGGAGGUGAAGGAGGAGGAGGUGAACAAGGACAAGAAGGAUACCGAGCAGGAGCAGGUGAAUGAGGCAUCAAGCAUGAGGGAGAGGGGGCAUGAAGACGAAGGCACAGCCGCCAGCGUAGACCCGGCCUACGUCGACGCCACCUCAGCCGCUCCAGGCGCAACAGCCGGCGCAGAAACGGUGCCAGACCAGUCAAACAUCGACAGGUCCAUCACUGAGCCACAGCUGCCGCCGACGCCGCCGCCGCCGAAGCCGCAGUUGCUGCCACCACAAGCUCCCAAUAUCGCCGACUUACAGUCAGACGAGGAAGCAGUGGACAGGCUGGAGUCUAUCCAAAGCAUUCAUGAGCUUGCAACAGAAGAUUCCUCCGGAGACAGACUGAGUGAGGAGCGGGAGAAAGCAGACAUGCCGGCGUCCGGAAGACAGUCAAAACUACUGGAUGCCACCCAUGUGGAUGAUAAAACUGAUACCGGCGACGUCCCAGUUGCUGCCACACCUAUGAGCAAAGAGGAGUUGUCGCCUCUGAAGACAGAGGAGGGCGAGCUAGAGCGGGCGGUGUAUAUUCCCAACAUGAGUGGAGGGGAUCAAGAUGCAGCCAACAAAGUCGACGCCACCUCAGCUGCUGGAAUCUCAACCGUCGCCGCCGCCGCCGCCGCCGACUCAGAUGUCACAAUGACAGUCGAGCAGAACAUCGACCGGUCGAUCGCCGUGCCAGAGUUGUCGAAGAUCCUGUGGGCACCAAAAGAUUCCAGGAGAGCCGACUUACACUCAGAUGAGGAAGCAGUGGACAGGCUGGAGUCUAUCCACAGCACUCACGAUCUUGGAACUGAGGAGCCGACAGGAGACAGACUAAGUGAGCAGAAGGCGACGGCGGACAUGCCUGCGUCCAGACGACCAUCAAAACCACUGGAUCAACAUCAGGAUGAUGAGAAAGCGGAUACCGGCCACGUUCCAGAUGCCAUCAUGCCCAUAAGAAUAGAGAAGUUGCCGCCUCUGGAGACGAAGGAAGUUGUACAGGAGCAGACAAAGGAGAUUCCAAGCAUGAGAGUGGCGGAUGAAGGUGCAGCUGUCCCCGGCAUUCCUGCCGCCGCCUCCAUCGUUUCAGCCGCUCCAGACACAACCAACCCCGAAGAUGCCACGGUGGCGGACGAGUCGAACAUCAACAUGUCGAUCAUCGAGCCACAACUGCCAACACAUGUUCCCGUUACCGCCGACCUACACUCAGACCAGGAAGCAAUGGACAGGCUGGAGCAUAUCCAAAACAGGCAUGCACUUGCAGCUGACGAGCCCCCUUCAUACAGACUGAGUGAGGAGGAGGAGGAGGUGGACGUGUCCGUGUCAAAACCGCUGGAUGACAAGUACCAUGAGGCUGAGCAAGCGGAUACCGGCCACGUUCCAGAUUCAAUCCUGCCUAUGAGCAUAGAAGAGUCGCUGCGGCUAGAGAAGGAGGAGGAAGAAGAAGAAGAAGAAGAAGAAGAAGAAGAAGAAGAAGAAGAAGAGAAGCGCGAACAGAAGCAGGCGGAGGAGACUCCAAGUAUGAGGGAAGAGGAUAGAGAUGCAGUCGUCAGAUCCGCCCCCGCCGCCGUCGUCGACGCCGCAGCCUCAGCUGCAUUAGCCGCAGAUGCCACGGUGGCGGACGAGUCAAACGUUAACAGAUCGAUCAGCGAGCCACAGCUGCCGUCGUCGGCGCCGCCGCCGCUGUUGCUGCCACCAUCACAAGCUCCCAAUAUCGCCGACUUACAUUCAGACGAGGAGGUAGUCGACAGGCUGGAGCCUGUCCAAAGUAUACAUGACCUUGAAAGUGAGGGGCCCCCUUCAGACAUACUGAGUGAGGAGCAGACGAAGGUGGAUGUACCUGCGUCCAGAGGGCAGUCAAAACCACUGGAUGACCACCACGAGGCUGAGCAAGCAGAUACCAGUCAAGUCCCAGAUGCAAUCAUUCCUAUGAGUAUCGAUGAGCCGCCGCUUAUAGAGACGAGGGAGGGUGCGCAGAAGCAGGCGGAGGCGACUCCAAGCAUGAGAGUGGAGGAGGAAGACGCUGCUGCCAACUAUGUAGCAGCAUCCGCAGCCGCAGCCACGUUAAGUGACGAGUCACACAUCGACGGCUCGAUGCCGGAGGCACAGAUGCCCCUGCUGCAGCUGCCGCCGCCACAAGCACCAUCUCCCGCCGAUGUACACUUAGACGAGGAGUCUAUCCAAAGCAUUCGUGACCUUGUAAAUGAAGAGCUCCCUGAAGGCAGACUGAUUGAGCAGCAGGCGACAGCGGCGGACAUGCCUGCGUCCAGAAGACAGUCGAAAUCGCCGGUUCACCAUCAGGAUGAUGAACAAGCUGAUACCGACUACGUUCCAGAUGUUAUCAUGCCCAUGUGCAUAGAGGAGUUGCCGCCUCUGCAGACGGAGGAGGGUGAGCAGGAGCAGACAAAGGAGACUCCAGGCAGGAUAGUGGAUGAUGAAGAUACAGCAGCCACAACUGCCCCCGACAUUCCUGCCGCCGCCGUCGCCGCCUCCGCCGUUUCAGACGCUGCAGUCUCAACCACCCCCGAAGAUGUCACGGUGACGGACGAGUCGAACAUAAACGUGUCGAUCAUCGAGCCACAGCUGCAGCCACAUGGUCCCGCUACCGCGGACCUACUUUCAGAGGAGGAAGCAAUGAACAGGCUGGAGCCUAUCCAAAUCAGGCAUGAACUUUCAGCUGACGAGCCUCCUUCAGACAGACUGAGUUUGGAGCAGGAAGAGGUGGACUUGCCUGCAUCCAGGAGACAGUCAAAACCACCGGAUUACCAUCAUGAGGCUGAACAAGCGGAUACCGACCACGUCCCAGAUGCUAUCAUACCUAUAAGAAUAGAGGAGUCGCUGCCUCUAGAGGAGGAGGAGAACCGCGAACAGAAGCAGGCGGCGGAGGAGACUCCAAGUAUGAGGGAAGAGGAACGAGAUGCAACCGUCCCAUCUGUUCCCUCCACCGCCGUCGACACCACCGCCGCAUUCGACGCCGCCUCAGCCGCUUUAAACGCAGAUGCCACGGUGACGGACGAGUCAAACAUCGACAGGUCGAUCAACGAGCCACAGCUGCCGCCGCCGAAGCCGCUGAUGUUGCCACAACCACAAGCUGCCAAUAUCGCCGACUUACAGUCCGACGAGGAAGCAGUGGACAGGCUGGAGUCUAUCCAAAGCACUCAUUACCUUGCAAAUGAAGAGCUCCCUGGAGUCCGACUCUGUAAGGAGCAGCCGACCUCGGAUAUGCCUGCGUCCAGAAGACAGGCAAAACUACUGGAUGACCACCAUGUGAAUGAUAAAACUGAUACCGGCGACGUCCCAGUUGCUGCCACACCGAUGAGCAAAGGGGAGUCGCCGCCUCUGGAGACAGAGGAGGGUAAGCAGGAGCAGGCGAAUGCGACUCUAGGCAUGAGGGCGGAGGAGGAAGAUGCAGCUGCCACAUCUGCCCCCGGCAUUUUUGCAGCUGCCGUCUCCACCGUUUCAGCCGCUCCAGUAUCAACCACCUCCGCAGAUGCCACGGUGACGUACGAGCCAAACAUCAGCAUGUCGGUCACCGAGCCACAGCUGCCGCCACAUGUUCCCGCCACCGCCGACCUACACUCAGACGAGGAAGCAAUGGACAGGCUGGAGCCUACCCAAAACCUGCAAGGACUUUUAGCUGACGAGCCCUCUUUAGACAGACUGGAUGAGAAUCAGGCGACGGCGGAUAUGCCUGCGUCCAGAGGGCAGUCAAAACCAUCGGAUGACCACGAGGAUGCUAAACAUGCAUAUACCGGUCGCCUCCCAGAUGCAAUCAUACCUAUAAGAAUAGAGGUGUCGCUGCCUCUAGAGCAGGAGGAUGAGGAGAAGAAUCGCGAGCAGAAGCCGGCGGAGGAGACUCCAAGUAUGAGGGAAGAGGAGAGAGAUUCAGUCGCCAGAUCUGCUCCCGUCCCCAAGCUUGACCCCGCCGCCGACGCCGCCUCAGCCGCAUUAGCCGCAGAUGCCACGGUGACGGGCGAGUCAAACAUCGACAAGUCGAUCACCGAGCCACACCUGCCGCCACAUGUUCCCGCUACCGCCGACCUACACUCAGACGAGGAAGCAGUUGACAGGCUGGAGUCUAUCCAAAGCAUUCAUGACCUUGCAACUGAAGGACCCCUUGGAUACAGACUGAGUGGGGAGCAGGAGAAGGCGGACACGCCAGCGUCCAGAAGACAGUCAAAACCGCUGGAUGACAACCUCGAGCAUGAGCAAGCGGAUACCGGCCACGUCCCAGUUUCUGACAUACCCAUGUCCAUCGUGGUGUCUUUGCGUUUUCACAGUAAUGUGAAUGAUUCUUCCGAAUAA